AUGAAUGUACAUUACAAUGGUGUACUGAUGAGUGAACAAAGUAAUGCAUACCAUCACAAAGCUUACAAAGAAACACUACUCAACUAUAAUCGUCAAGAAAGAGAUACUCUCUUAGACCCUCAAAGCUGGGUGAAUGAAGUCAAUGUCCAAGAAGAGUUGACUCCUACCGAUGCUACUAAUAACGAUGAACCCAAUCCAGGAGCAUGGACAGGCGAGACAGGACUCAAAGAACCCACUAGUCGAUUGUUAGACAAAGUGCACCAUACCUUUAUGAUCAAACCUCAUCUGGCUGUGUUUAAAACAGGCAAAUGUCUAUUACCAGGAAUUCAAAUUUAUCUGGAGCUAUUUCUGAAUGAGAGUAACAUGUUCCUCUUUGGAACACCAGACACCACCACCAGUGUGAACAAAAAGAUUCCUACCUUAGCUGAUGAUGACAUUUUUGUCACUUGCAUGGUAAAAGUGACUCUCAAUGCUAGUGUGUAUGCCCGAUUGCAAAUAGAAAGAGCACUCAGUAAAACCAAACGUGUCAAGUAUCCAGUGGUGAGAAGUGAAAUCCGGACCUUUUUCUUUGAAGGAAAAAGUACCAGAUGGGAACGAGAUAAUGUCUUUGUCGGACGUGUUCAUGACAAAGUCGUGAUUGGACUCAUGAAUUCUAAAAACUGCAAUGGUACACUCAACUGCUACUGCUUUGCCUAUGAAAAGUUUGGAGUGACCCGUGUCCGUCAAACUGUGGAUGGGGAGGAAUACCCUUACAGAGCCUUAGAAAUGGCAGGUAAUACGCAAGCAGAAGAUUUGCUAGGAUACAAACCAGCGAUGAUUCUUCCUGGUGAUUGGGGACAAGGUAAAACUUGUACCCUAUACGUGUUCAACAAUGUCCCAGGCGAGGUCGUUGACCCUCAUUAA